GAAGCACUAAACGGCGUUCUGUGAACACUACGUCGCCUUUGCCUGCCUGAACCUUUACGGUCAAAUACAAAUAUGAAGCCUUUAUCAUCACUCAGAACGGCAUUUGUUUCUUUUGUGUCACUUCUAUACAUUCAGAUCGCCUGGUGCAAUAAUGACAGGAGGGUUGACGUCCAAGAUGCGGAAUUCGGUGAUUUCUCAGUGCCUAUAGAACAUUCCUUUGAAGUUGCUGACGUAGGAAAGUUCCGGGUGCGUGGAGCGCUGCUGCUCAAAGGAGGCAGGGAUCCGGGAGUGACCCUGAGUCAGAACCAACUAACGCAGGACGACAGAGUCAAGCUCAAAGAAGUGGCAGCAGUGGACGGGCUGUACCGGAUCCGAGUGCCUCGGAUUUCGCUCCAGGCCGACAGACAGACGGAGCGACAAAUGGACGGAUACCUCACUGCCUUUGUCAGAGCUUGUGCCAUGGUGGAGUCUCACCUGAGCGACGUGAUCACACUGCACACGGACGUGUCGGGAACGCUGAUUGGCAUCUCCAUCGUCACACUGCCAGGCGCUUGCAUGGGGACGGACGUGGAGGACGAGGUGGACCUGGAGCUCUUCAACACCACGCUUAGCGUUAUGGCCCCCGUCAACGCGCCCGGGCCUGAGACGGCUAUGUUCCUGGAGCGCAUGGAGCAGGAGGCGGAGAAGAAAGGCAAAAAUCCCCAGGAGCAAAAGUCUUUCUUCGCUAAAUACUGGUAUUUGAUACUGGGAGGCGCAAUCUUCCUCAUGGCCUCCAAUUCGGCACAGGCCCCAGCAGGGGGAGGCAGAGAGCAGAGCUGAAAAGCCCCCCCAGACUCACUCGCUGGAAUGGAUGUACAUCGUGCCCCUGGUUCUCUUCCUGAUGAUGUCAGGCGCUCAGGACCAAUCAGGGGCCGGGGGCGGCGGAGCAGCUAAUGGCGGCGGACGAUGAUUUGUUUUUUGUUUUUGUUUCUCUUGUCAGCUGCUGUACAUGAGCGUAAAUGUGAUGGUUUAAAUUUCCUAAUACCACUGUGAAGAUAAAUGUAUUUAUGACCCCAUCGGAUUAAAGCGGUUUGAGCUGAA